AUGGCCGCACUUCUGCAAGUGAUCCCUUGUCAAUACUUGAACAAAAAGGCUACUUUUUCUUCACUUUUACUCAAUAAUGGAAAAUCCUGCAGCUUUUACACAUCGAAUUCCAGUUCGAAGUCCAGUGUCAGCAGGUUCAGGAUCAGAGCUGUGAAGGAAAAAACAGAAGAAAUCAAGAAUAACUCUUCUGCAGAGGAAAUCACACAGAAGUAUGGACUUGAAGCUGGUAUUUGGAAGAUAUUUUCCUCAAAGGGGGAAGAAAAUGAUGAAAACAAAGAAAAAAAGUCAAAAGGAGACCAAGCCAAGGAGCUGCUAGCAAAAUAUGGAGGAGCAUAUUUAGCCACUUCCAUCACUCUCUCCUUGAUAUCAUUUGGGCUAUGUUAUGCUCUAAUCACAGCUGGUGUAGAUGUGCAAACAUUGCUUCAAAAGAUUGGAAUUUCCACUAAUGAAACUGGAGAAAAAGUUGGGGCUUUUGCAUUGGCCUAUGCUGCACACAAGGCUGCUUCUCCAAUUCGAUUUCCUCCCACCGUAGCUCUUACACCUAUCGUUGCUAGUUGGAUUGGAAAGAAAGUUGAUAAAGAGAAUUGA